ACGUGCCCUCUGGAAGUUGGUUAGUCAGUCGGGAUUGUGUUUUGUGUUUCGUAUACGCCGCGUGUUCUUCAACUUUUGUGCCGCGUCCUGCCUUUUUGCGCAUAAAUGUGUACAUUUUGAACAAAACAUUGUGCUUCUUCCUACGCCUGCCCAUAUUCAUUGCUCACUGCUUGUCUGCCUGACUGUCACUCUGUCAGUUUGUCAAUCGCUCAAGUUGCAAAACGCAUGCGCGUCGCAAAGUUGUGAAGUUGUGUUGAGUGCGUGUGUGUGUGUGUGCGUGCAACGUGAAAUCUGUGUUGGCUUUCAACUGUAUAGUACAUUACUUUUUUAUACGUACAUCUACAUUAAAUUAAACAAUUUUUGCGCGUUCACUUGCAAACAUGGGCAAAGCCGAGUGCAUCAGCUACGAUGAUAACCAAGUACCCUACAUCGACUUGGGCACUGCACGGAUUCGCAUGGAAAAGGAGGAGGCACCCGAAUGGGCGCUGAAGAAGGCACAGGAUGAGCUGCGCGAGCUGCCCGGCAUUAAGGAAGAGGCCAUCAAGGAGCUCCGCCGCCUCAUAGAGAAUGAAAAGUAUCUGAACUUGCCAAUGGAUGAUGAGUACAUGAUGAUGUUCCUCAGACCUACCCAUUACUACCCGGAGAGCGCUUUAAAGCGUUUGAAGAACUUCUAUCACAUGAAACUGAAGUACGGCAUUGCCUGCGAGAAUAUUGUGCCCGGAAAGCUACGGAAUGUGUUCGAGAGCGACAUUCUGUCGUUGCUGCCCACCCGUGAUCAGCACGGACGUCGUCUGUUGGUGCUCGAGGCUGGCAAAAAAUGGAAGCCUUCACAAGUGCCGCUGUGCGAUCUGUUCCGUGGCAUUCAGCUGACGGUGCUGGGCUCCAUGGUGGAGCCAUAUUCGCAGAUUUGUGGUGCUGUUGUCAUCAUUGAUAUGGAAGGUCUGCCACUGAGCCACAUCACACAGUUCACGCCCUCAUUUGCCGCCAUGUUGUUGGACUAUGUGCAGGAGUGCAUCUGUAUGCGACUGAAGGGUGUACACAUUGUCAAUAAUUCCUAUAUCUUCAACAUGCUGUUCGCCAUUUUCAAGCCCUUCAUACGCGAGAAGCUGCGCAAGCGCAUUUUCUUCCAUGGCAAAGAUUGGAAGUCGCUAACAUCCCACAUUGACGCCAACUCCUUGCCACCCAAAUACGGCGGUACGGCCACAUGGGAGCUGCCGCCUGGCAAGCUGCUGGGCGAGUUCUUCGAACUCUACACCCCCGACUAUGAAAGAGCCGACAGUUAUGGCUACAUGGACGGCUAUACGAUGAAGAAGAAAUGAGCUUAGCCAUGACAGUUUUUGAUAUUUUUGUAUUUUAACGCAUUAAGUUGGGUCAUUUGUGAUAUUGCAAUUACUAUAUAUUGUAUUUUGUAGUUGUUUAUUCCAAAUGUUUUUAAGUUUAAGCUUGCAGUAGAAGAAUUGUUAUAAGGCACUCUUAAAUUCUUGCGAUAUUAUACACCACACACAAAAAUUAUAUAUAAACUAUAUGUAGAUGUUACAAAUGUAAAGGCACCAUUGAAGUGCGUGCAACAAAAACACAAAGCAAAGUGCUAAAGAUUUGAAAUAUGACAAACAAAGACUUUAGUAGGGUUUCUAGGCAUAUUGCAGAAUAAUUCUUUUUGUAAUCAUUUAAUUAAGAUAAAUAAAAUACACAUAAAAUUAUGAUAAAUACACAAACUA